AUAACACAAAUAUUACUGCUCUUUCUUUCUCUCUCUGUCUCUUUCCUUUCGGCCUUUGCUUUCGCAAGUUAUAUAACGCCGACCCUCUUCUUUUCCUUCCUUCCCUCUCUCUUUCAUCUCUCAAAACAACGAAAUUCCCAGAAAGUCUUUCAAUCUCGGCACUGUCGUCGUCAAUGAAAAAGAAUAAAGCUUUGAUUACGUUUGUAAUUCAGGAAUUUGUAGGAAGUUUUCUGGUUUUGGGUGUUUGACCCAUUUUUUUUAAAUAAUGUUUUGGGAAAUUUAAUUCAAUGGUGUUGUCUUAUCGUUCCUUUUAUAUACUCUGAAAUAGUUUGAGUGAGAAAGCUCAAUCUGGAACGAAUCUCUGUUCCAUUACAUUCAAUCCACCCCACCCAAUUUUUCUCUUCUUCUUCUUCUUCUCCGAUUUGUCAUCGGUCUCUCUUCGAUUCAUCUCUUUGUAUCAAAGAAGGAAAACCCGGAGAGAGAGUAUAGGUGCUGGUCCAAUUUCUUUUUUUUUGGGUGGGGAACUGGGUUUGCAAUUAGGGUUUAUGGGUGUUUUGGGAAUUGGGUUUCCACUUUAAGAUCGACGUUGAUUUGAAGUUUCCCCCCUCUUUAUGUCGAUUAGGAGGGAUUGAUUGAUUAGAGCAGAUAUGAUAAUCAAGCGCAACCUCAAAUCGCAAAUGCCGAGUCUGAAACGGUGCAAACUCGGUGAUUCAGUAGGUGAAGAUGAAGAUUACUUGGGUAGAACUCGCAAGAAACGGAAAAUCAAUGACUAUUAUCCUCUGGCUCUUCUCGGGGAGGUCGCCGCCGGCAUAAUUUCGUUCGGCCUCCAUCGUAUCAUUGCCUCUGAGGCUGAUAAAGGUUUCUCGGCUUCAUGGUGCGCCGAUGUCUCAUGCUCCCCUGAUGAAGUUGAAUCCAAAUCCAAGGGCUUAGAUUCAUCCAAUGCCAAGAACCGUACUGUGGAGAUUUCUCGGCCACCACUUGUGAGGACCUCCAGAGGACGAGUUCAGGUACUUCCUUCGCGAUUCAAUGAUUCUGUAAUUGAGAACUGGAAGAAAGAAAGUAAAACUAGCUUGCCCGAUUGUAGUUUAGAUGAUGGUGAUGACGAUGAGGAUUAUGACUUUGAAUGCAAAAAGGAUAAAUCUAGUUUUAAGAAACCUAAUAAUUGUAAGCAGAACAUGAAAAAUUGGCGAAGUGAAGAGAAGAAUGGUUAUAAAGGGAAAAAAUAUACUACAUUGUGUGGGGAAGAUGAAGGAGAAGCAGGGUAUGGUAAGACUUUUAAUAAUAGGAAGUACUUGAGUUUCCGAACCUCGUUAAUACGUGAGCAAUUCGUCAAGGAGAAUGAGAAGGAUGUCAAUGGGAUUGACACUGUUGAUUUAACAACAGUGAAGAAGGCUUCACUUGAGAAUGGUGGGAGGAAAGAUGGGUUGUAUGGGCCGGAGGAUUUUUAUGCAGGGGAUAUAGUGUGGGCAAGGCCAGGGAAGAGGGAGCCAUUUUGGCCGGCUAUUGUUAUCGAUCCAAUGACGCAAGCACCUGAGCUGGUUUUGAGGUCUUGUAUACCUGACGCAGCCUGUGUAAUGUUCUUUGGACAUUCUGGGAAUGAGGGCCAAAGGGAUUAUGCCUGGGUUCGGCGGGGCAUGAUUUUCCCCUUCAUGGACUUUCUAGACAGGUUCCACGAGCAACCAGAAUUGCAUAGGUGCAAGCCUAGCGAUUUCCAGUUGGCAAUGGAAGAGGCUUUUCUAGCAGAACAGGGUUUUACAGAGAAGUUGAUACAGGAUAUUAACAUCGCAGCUGGAAAUUCAUCUUAUGAAGAAUCUGUUCUUAGAUGGGUUCAGGAGGCUCCUGGUCCAAUCCAGGAUCACGAUUAUCACCUUCCUAAUCAGGGCUUCUUUGGGAAAUAUAAGGACACAAGACCUUGUGAAGGCUGUGGCAUGAACCUCCCAUUUAAAAUGGGAAAGAAAAUGAAAGCAUCUGCUUCUGAAGGCCAAUUUUUGUGUAAAACAUGUGCUAGGUUAACUAAAUCAAAACACUGUUGUGGCAUCUGUAAGAAGAUUUGGAAUCAUUCAGAUAGUGGAAGUUGGGUGCGAUGUGACGGUUGUAAAGUUUGGGUGCAUGCAGAGUGUGACAAAAUUCCCAGACAUCAUUUUAAGGCUCUGGGGGCCACUGACUAUUACUGUCCUACGUGCAAGGCAAAGUUUAACUUUGAAUUAUCUGAUUCAGAGAAGUGGCGGCCUAAAACUAAAUCAAAAACUAACACCAGUGAACUAGUUUUGCCUAAGAAGGUUACUGUUCUCUGCUGUGGUGUUGAAGGCUUAUAUUACCCAAGCCUCCACUUAGUUGUUUGCAAGUGCGGGUCCUGUGGGUCUGAGAAGCAAGCGCUUAGCGAGUGGGAAAGACACACUGGUUCCAGAGAACGGAAUUGGAGGAUUAGCGUGAAGGUGAAAGGUUCCUUGCUGCCAUUAGAACAAUGGAUGCUUCAGUUAGCAGAGUUCCAUGCAAAUGCAACGACCUCUACCAAACCUCCUAAACGACCACCGAUAAGAGAGAGAAAGCAAAAGUUGCUUGCUUUUUUGCAGGAAAGAUAUGAACCAGUUCAUGUGAAGUGGACAACUGAACGCUGUGCUGUAUGUAGAUGGGUCGAAGAUUGGGACUACAAUAAAAUUAUUAUAUGCAAUAGAUGUCAAAUUGCUGUGCAUCAAGAAUGUUAUGGAGCAAGAAAUGUUAAGGAUUUCACUUCGUGGGUUUGUAAAGCUUGUGAAACACCUGAAAUUACACGAGAAUGUUGCCUUUGUCCCGUCCAAGGAGGUGCUUUGAAGCCAACUGAUGUUGAGACAUUGUGGGUUCAUGUUACUUGUGCUUGGUUUCAACCUGAAGUAUCUUUUGCAAGUGAUGAAAAGAUGGAACCUGCUCUUGGAAUCUUGAGUAUACCAUCAAAUUCCUUUGUGAAGAUUUGUGUUAUUUGCAAGCAAAUUCAUGGUUCUUGCACACAGUGUUGUAAUUGUUCAACGUAUUACCAUGCUAUGUGUGCUUCAAGGGCUGGUUACCGCAUGGAGUUGCAUUGCUUGGAGAAAAAUGGUAGACAAAUGACAAAAAUGGUGUCAUAUUGUGCUUAUCAUCGCGCACCAAAUCCAGAUACUGUUUUAAUCAUACAGACCCCUCUAGGGGUCUUCUCUGCCAAAAGCCUUGGUCAAAAGAAGAAGAAAAGUGGGUCAAGGCUAAUUUCAUCAAGCAGGCUGAAAAUUGAAGAGGCUCCAACUGUGGAAACUACCGAGGUUGAGCCAUUUUCUGCUGCUAGGUGCCGGGUCUUCAAAAGAUCAAACAAUAAUAGAAAGAGAACUGAAGAUGAAGCCAUGCCCCACCGGUUAAUAAGACCUUGCCAUCAUUCUUUAAGCACUAUACAGAGUUUGAAUGCAUUCAGAAUAGUAGAGGAGCCUACAGAUUUUUCAUCUUUCAAAGAACGACUCCAGCACUUGCAGAGAACUGAACAUGAUCGAGUUUGCUUCGGUAGAUCUGGAAUCCAUGGGUGGGGCCUCUUUGCCCGAAAAAACAUUCAAGAAGGAGAUAUGGUCCUUGAAUACCGUGGGGAACAAGUGAGGGGAAGUAUUGCUGAUCUAAGAGAAGCACGCUACCGACAAGAAGGAAAAGACUGCUAUCUGUUCAAGAUCAGUGAAGAAGUCGUGGUGGACGCCACCGACAAAGGGAACAUAGCGCGCCUAAUCAAUCAUUCGUGCAUGCCCAACUGUUAUGCUAGGAUUAUGAGCGUCGCGGAUGAUGAGAGUCGGAUUGUUCUUAUUGCCAAGACUAACGUCUCUGCCGGAGAUGAGCUAACGUACGAUUACUUGUUCGAUCCCGAUGAGCCAGAGGAGUUCAAAGUCCCGUGCUUAUGUAAAGCUCCAAAUUGUCGGCAAUUCAUGAAUUAGGAAUUAUACACACACAGCAUAGCCAUUGCUUCUCUGCAAGGAAGGUGACCGACCCAGUUGCCCUAUUCAAGAGGUGGAAUCUCAUAGUCGAUCUAUACACCCUGAUUUGUAUUUUUUUCCCCAGAAAAAGAAGAAAUGAAAAUGCAUCUUCCCUCCCAUUUCUUUUCUUUUCUUUUCUUUUUACGAUAAAUUUGAUGGUUAAUAAAAUGAUUAGGAUUUCCCAGUUGCU